UCAGUCUUCCUUUUGAACCAGAAUAAAAUUUGGUUCCUUUUGCUUCUUUUCCUUGUCCGCCGCCUCCGGUGAAGCCAGUCGACAAGCGCGGGGGGAGAGAGAGAUGCCGAACUCGAAGAGAGCAGCGGCAGCGGCGGGGGGAGCGAACGUGGCGGCGCGGUCGUCGUUGUGGGACUCGAUUCGGGCGUGCGGGUUCUUCGGAACCAGGGUCGAGAAGGAAGAACUUAAGCGGCGGAUCGUGAUUCCGGUGUAUCUGAGGUCGGCCAUGGUGGCAGCCAUCCGGGACCAGGACGCAGGCGCUGGGGCCAGUGCUGCGGCCGAGAACCGUGGCGGCAUGGAGGCGGACGAGAUGCCGGAGGCGCCGAUUGUGGUGUUCGUGAACUCCAGAAGUGGUGGGCGCCAUGGGCCUGAGCUUAAGAUCCGGUUGCAGGAGCUCAUCAACGAGGAACAGGUCUUUGAUCUUUCAGAGACGUCACCUUCUCAUUUUGUUCAGUAUGCUUUAACUUGCUUAGAGAAUUUGGCAUCUCUUGGCGAUGAUUAUGCAAAGACCAUCCGUGAGAAGCUAAGAAUUAUGGUUGCAGGAGGUGAUGGUACGGUAGGUUGGAUUUUGGGGAGUCUUGGUGAACUUUUCGUGCAGAAAAGAGAGCCUGUUCCCCCAACUGGUAUUAUUCCACUUGGAACAGGGAAUGAUCUUUCCAGGAGUUUUGGUUGGGGUGGCUCCUUCCCUUUUGCAUGGAAGUCGGCAGUGAAACAAUCUCUUCUUAAGGCAAUUUCUAAUCCUGUUCAAAACCUUGAUAGUUGGCACGUUACAAUCAUAAUGCAAGAAACACAAGGACUCCAAUUGCCUUAUUGUCUUAAGUCUGUAGGAGAGUAUGAUCUCAACGAGGAUCUGGAUAUCCAAAGAGAAUUGCCUGAAAGAAUUUCUUGCUUUGAAGGAGUCUUCUACAACUACUUGAGCAUUGGAAUGGAUGCCCAAGUUGCCUAUGGCUUUCACCAUUUACGUAACACAAGGCCAUACCUUGCACAAGGUCCAAUUUCAAAUAAAUUGAUUUAUGGUGGAUAUAGCUGCACACAAGGUUGGUUCUUUACACCAUGUGUGAAAACUCCAAAUCUGAGGGGGCUUAAAAACAUUUUAUCCCUUUAUAUCAAAAAGGUUAGCAAUAAAGAAUGGGAGAAGAUUCCAAUACCUGCUAGUGUUAGGUCCCUUGUGCUUCUAAAUCUGGACAGCUAUGGAAGUGGAAGCCAUCCAUGGGGACAUCCUACUCCUGAAUAUCUUGAUCAGCGAAGGUUUUAUGAGGCUCGAGCGGAUGAUGGGCUGCUCGAGAUAUUCGGAAUGAAGCAAGGAUGGCAUGCUUCCAUGGUUAUGGUGGAAAUUAUCUCUGCUGUACACAUUGCUCAAGCUGCUGCUGUCAAGUUGGAAUUGCGAGGUGGUGACUGGAACAGAGCUUAUUUGCAAACAGACGGAGAGCCAUGGAAACAUCCUUUAAACAGGGAGCACUCCACAUUUCUCAAGAUAAAGAGGGUUCCCUUUCAAUCACGCAUGAUAAAUGGAAAAUAGUAUCUCCUCCUGCUUCAGACUCCAUGAGCCACAUCUCAAUGGUGACCAGAAGCUCCAUUGCAUUAGUCACUCUAAUCUUGUGAUAUUCUUUUUGAUUUUUUUAUCAGACUUCUUGAAGAUGGAGGAAGUAGCUGAUCUUAUUGCAUAUAGGAUUGCUCUAAUUGAUGUGCAGAACUCUAAAAGUGUGAUGCAAUUUAGCACCAAGGCUCAUUCCGGCCACUUUUCCCCCAGUCUUUUUGACAUGUAUCUAUGUAAAAUAGGUUAUGAUGCAAAUAGUCGCGGCAAGUGCUGGAUUGAUGAAGAAGACCAGCUAAUUUGCCUACGAACAUUGUCCAUGUUUGGUAUUAUUAUUUGUUAGAGGAUUGUUUUCUGUAUUUUCUAAUCAAGAUGGUGAAUUUGGCGUGUCCA